CCGGCAGCCCCGGCUGGUGCGGCCCGAUGGCGAAGCCCAGCACACGGACGGCACCGUACAGGCAGCGCAGGCGGCACUUCCCGGUGAAAGUCAGCGCCUGCGGGGGGGAGACGGCGUGAGGCAGCAGCACCGGCAGCGGCGCUGCCUCCUUCAAGAGCCACGGCUACCACCUCCUGCAGACCAUGCGUUUCGCCCUGGAGGAGAUCAACAACUCCAGCAGCCUCCUGCCCAACGUCACCUUGGGCUACGACAUCUACGACACCUGCUCCGAGUCUGCCAACCUCUACGCGACGCUGCGUGCCCUGGUCCAGAAGGGGCAGCGGGAUGUCGGGGUGCUGCCCGCCCUCCAGCACUACGAGCCCACGGCUGUGGCUGUCAUCGGGCCCGACAGCACCCAGCUGGCCCUCACCACGGCCGCCAUCCUGGGCGUCUUCCUUGUGCCCGAGGUGAGCUCCGCUCCCUCACAGCAGCAGCCCCAACAAGUCUGUGGCAGCCAAAAGAAAGAGCUCCAGGGGGCUGAUGGGGUGAGGGGGAGUGGGCUUGGGGCUGGCAGCUCAGUUUGUUCCUCAGCACAGCCCUGCUGCCCCCCUGGGACCUGGCUGCAGCUUUGGUCCAGCUGGGCACAAAGCUGACAGGCAGGAAUCGCGCCCAGCUCCCUGGCUCUCUGGGGUUUCUCUCAUGGCAGCGCAUGGCAGAACGUUUUUCAGCCUCCCCAGCUCUAACUCCAAAAGACCCACUGCUUGUGGAGCCUCCCCUUACCACAGCAGCACAUCCUCCUUGUG